CACUGUCGGGUGAAAGGUGAACAGUGUGUUCCAUAGAAACGUGUUUGAUCCCUGUUGACUACGUUGUCAUUUAACAGCUGGACUCCACUUUCAACAAGUGUACGACUGUCGAUUGAUUUCUUUCUAACUGUUUCAUGAGAGCGAGCUUGAGCCUCACCGGUGUCAACCACUUGUCAGUCUAUUUUUGUGGGGUUCAUUUAUUUGAACGCUAUAAUGUCCACAGAGGAGACGGAAAAAGCUGCUACCGAUAGUGGUACGGAUGACGAAGAAGAGUGGCUAUAUGGAGAUGAUGAUGAAGAACAAAAGGACAGCUCAUUGGCUGAGGGACAGGUGAAGGAUGGGAACGAUGUGGCCAAUCAGAGUGAAGAGGAAAGCGACAGUGAUGACGAUGAUGACGUCUGUGUCACCAUUGGUGACAUCAAGCCAGGGGGCGGUGAAAACAGCCAAUCAGACAGAGCCUUUGGAACCCCAGCUGUGAAUUUCAGCACAAAGAGCUCAGGGUGGACGCUUGGCUCAGGGGGCAAGAGCAAAGGUGUGGAUAUGAACGCCGAGGGGAGUGUGAAUGGAACUCCCCUGCUGGAGGUGGACGUGGAGUCCUUUGAUGAGAAGCCAUGGAAGAAACCAGGUGCGGACCUCUCUGACUACUUCAACUACGGCUUUAACGAGGAGACCUGGAGGAUCUACUGUGACAAACAGAGGAGGCUUCGCAUGAGCCUGGAGGUCAUGAGUUUAGGAUCAUCUAAAAAUCUGGGUCGAUCAAGUCACCAUAGUGACCACUCCCUGUCCAAGUCUGACAACUUCUACAUUUCGGCUUCCAGCUCGUCAAGGAAGUCGAGCAACUCCAUCAAUGUCAUCGGAGGACAGUCGGGAGCCAUCAGCCGAGUAGAAGGGCGAAGAAGACACAAUGCUGAUGGAAAUGUCAUCCAGGUGAUCUCAGAGCCGUCCUCUGAUGGUGAGAGCACGCCCACUAAGAUGCCUUUCUUCCCUCCGAACAUCCCCCCUCCCCCUCUGCCCCCUCCCCACAGUCACUGCUCCACCCCCUCUCUCAUCCCUCUGCCAAGGCUUCCGAUCAGUGUUCCUCCACCUGGUUUCCCUCCUCCUCCAGGUGCUCCCCCUCCCUCUUUGAUUACGUCACUGGACAGCAGCCGCUCUGGAGGAGGCUACGACGCCCGCUCCGCCCCGCCAUUCCCCUUCCCAGCAGGUGUGUACCCGCCCAUGCUGGGUGGCAUGGCGUCAUGGCCCGGGCUGAUCGACAGCGCCAAGGCCUGGGAGUACUACUCCCGACGGGACAGCGCCCGCGAGCGCGACCGGGAGCGUGAGAAGACCCGCGAGAGGGGACACGAGAGGGAGCGGGAGAGAGAGCGGGAUCGGGAGAGAGAGAGAGAGAGGGAUAGAGACAAGGAGAGGGAGAGGGAGAGAGAGAGGGAGCGAAGCCUCUCCUCCCCAUCACAUCAAAGUGAUGAGGAGCGUCAGCGUCAGAGGGAGCACAGUGAGCGGGGGCACGACAGGCAUCGCGAGCGCUCCAGUCGAGAGCGGGAGGAGAGACACCGAGAGAGGAGACAUCGGGACAAGGACGAGGGGCGGCACAAGUCCUCACGCAGCAGCAGUAGCAGGAGGAAGAGGCACAGCAGUGAGGAGGGUCAGGUCCACAGGAGGUCCCGGCACAAACGGCAGAAGCGCAGCAGCCGCGAGAGCCGAGAGGCCAACGAGACCGAGGAACCGCCCCGCCAAGACCAGGAGAACCCAUCAGAGGUGGCCGAGUGACGUUCCGGCAAGCACUCCGACCAAUGAGAGAGCCCGGGAGUCACUCACCUACAGUACCUUUUGGCUCAGCCAAUCAAAAGCACACGCUCAGUACGAGCCAUAUUCUUUUUCUGUUACAUUGCUCGCUCCAAAUGAAAGUAUUAUAAGUUGAAGUGUGCGUUAUAAUUUAUAGGAGAGAUGGAAAGGAGGAGAUGAAAAAAGAUGAAAACUUGAAGAUCAUUUUUAAUUUAUUUAUUUAAUUAUAUUACUUGAGCCCUGCUCUGAUGUGCUAAAACUGUUCAGGGGUAUUUGUAAGUUAUUAAUACCUUUGUUUUACCCUUAGGAAGGACGUAGCUUUUGUUUAAUCACAAAGAUAAUUAUUUAUAAAUGUUUUGAUUCAA